CCCCCCCCCCCUUCUUUCUCUCUCUCUCUUUCUCUCUGCAGUUUGGCCAUGCGUAGAUUGAAGCUGCUUGCCUCUCUUUGCUGCGUCUACUAAUGCUCCAUUUCUCUACUGACGGGUGAUCGAAGGCGUUCCAAUGAGGGUGCUUUCACUUGAACUGCCCGUCUAUCAGGAUUUUGCCAUCGAAAGCAGUUGCUUUCCUUUACACCCUUCUCCUUCGAUCUGAUCGAGCAGGAGAGGUAGAGGGAAGUGAAAAGAAAAGAAUUUCUGAGGAUCAAUGGCUGGGGCCACCUCAGCGCUCUUCCUUCUCGACAUCAAGGGAAGAGUGUUAGUGUGGCGCGACUACCGCGGAGAUGUCUCGGCGACGCAGGCAGAGCGUUUUUUCAUGAAGCUCAUCGAGAAGGAGGGGGACCCUGACUCUCACAAUCCAGUUGUUUAUGAUGAUGGUGUUACAUACAUGUUCAUUCAACAUAAUAAUGUUUAUCUCAUGACAGCUGCCAGACAGAAUUGUAAUGCAGCAAGUCUUCUCCUGUUUCUGCAUAGGCUGGUUGAUGUUUUCAAGCAUUACUUUGAGGAGUUAGAAGAAGAAUCUCUUAGAGAUAAUUUUGUUGUUGUGUAUGAAUUGCUUGAUGAAAUGAUGGAUUUUGGCUAUCCUCAGUAUACUGAGGCAAAGAUUCUUAGUGAGUUUAUCAAAACGGAUGCUUAUAGGAUGGAAGUCAUGCAACGCCCUCCCAUGGCUGUCACUAAUGCUGUAUCAUGGCGCAGUGAGGGAAUAAGAUACAAGAAAAAUGAAGUGUUUUUGGAUGUGGUGGAAAGUGUCAACAUACUUGUAAAUAGCAAUGGCCAGAUUAUUCGAUCUGAUGUUGUUGGUGCCUUGAAAAUGAGAACAUAUUUGAGUGGAAUGCCAGAGUGUAAGCUAGGGCUGAAUGAUCGUGUACUUUUGGAGGCUCAAGGUCGAACGACAAAGGGCAAAGCAAUUGAUCUGGAUGACAUAAAGUUCCACCAAUGUGUGCGUUUGGCUCGUUUUGAGAAUGACCGAACAAUAUCCUUUAUACCUCCUGAUGGAUCUUUCGAUCUGAUGACAUACAGGCUUAGCACUCAGGUAAAACCUUUGAUAUGGGUGGAAGCUCAAGUAGAGAGGCAUUCAAGAAGCCGAAUAGAAUUCAUGGUUAAGGCCAGGAGUCAAUUCAAGGAACGUAGCACUGCAACAAAUGUUGAAAUUGAGCUUCCUGUGCCCUCAGAUGCCACCAACCCUAAUGUACGGACUUCUAUGGGAUCUGCUUCAUAUGCUCCUGAAAAUGAUGCAUUUGUAUGGAAAAUAAAGUCAUUUCCUGGUGGAAAGGAGUAUAUGUUGCGUGCAGAGUUCAGUUUGCCAAGUAUAACUUCAGAAGAAGCAACACCAGAGAAAAAGGCUCCUAUUCGUGUGAAGUUUGAGAUUCCAUACUUCACAGUCUCAGGAAUACAGGUUCGGUACCUUAAAAUCAUUGAAAAGAGUGGAUAUCAAGCCCUUCCUUGGGUGAGAUACAUAACCAUGGCUGGUGAAUAUGAAUUGAGGCUCGCGUGACAUUUUUACUUCCUCCUAUAUUGCUUUAUUGAUUUACCAACUUUUGCAAAUUGUAUCUGAACAUGCUGUCUAAUUCAUUCAUGGCUUUUAGCUUGGUUUUUA